AUUGGGCGCCGCCUAGGGAGUGAUUGCUCGUGACGCCACGUGUUUAUAUCCCUUAACGGCAAAUGUGAUUUUUUUCUUGAUAGAAAUUAAUAUGUUUUGGAGAUUUAGAGAAAUGUGACAUCAUCGCAAUGAAUGCCAUUUUCAAGACCAUAGCAACACACUUGCCGUGGCAAUGUUACUCAUAUGACUCAGGGGUUGCUAUUUACAAAUGACUCUUAUCCUAGUCCUUGUCGAGUUAACACAAUGUCCCGUGUCGAUCAGACAAACUUUCUGUCUUUAGAGGGUUUCCUGUUGGUUGGUUUGUAGUUGAAACUGAGAGAAAGAGAUCCAAUGCUACUCUGUCCUCUUUCAAAUCAGUUGAAUGCUGUCCUGUCUCAUAUUUGGGACAACCUGCGUCGUUCUAUCCAAGUCUUCUAUUUUGAGUAACAGAUAGAGUGUUUUGCAAUUAUAUGAAUGAGGAAAAUUGUGACAAACAUUCGAGUCUUACACUUUGUGUAAUCUGAAAUAAUUUAUUCCAGUCUACGCAGCGCAACAGUUUCCCAGUCCAAAUCAACCUCAGGCGUAUUCCUGAAAACAACUGGUACUAUGAGGCAAAAUGUAAACUUAGAAACGACGAUGAGUUGAAAGAAGCCCUUUUGUCGAAUUAGAAGCUUUGACUCUUCCUUGAGCAACUUUAAUCGGAAUUUUCUUUGACUUUCGGGUGAAAAUUCUACCGCAGCCGAGGACUUUUGCAUAAAGUGAGCUUGUAAAGUUGUAUUUCCAUGCUAAUAUCGGAGGAACUGGAUCUUUCCCAUUAGAAAACUCUCAUGUUGUUCGUUCUUAUACACGCUUCUUUGUUCAAAACUUGUCCUCAUCAAAAAAAUAAAAGCUUUGGUCACUUGUCGAAACGCUCGAAGUUUCUGUGGCCCAGAACCAAACAACUUACCGUAGCGAAGCUUUCUGCGGGUGCCUCCAACACGGAUAGAGAUAGUUCAUAUUCCUCAAGCAAACGUGGAGAAGACAGAGCUUACUCCGAGAUUACUGCUGCCAACCGUUCGUUGUUGGAUCGAGCCAAAAAAGUCAAAAGUGUCUGUAUCGUGGGGGCAACUGGUUUUGUAGGGCAGCAGUUGGUGACGUUGCUCGCUAAAGCUGGUGUCGAAUUGACUAUUGUGACAAGAGACGUUGCUAGAGCGAAAGCAACUUUUGGAAAGUAUGAAAGAAGAGGUUAUUCUUUGCAGUACUGUCAACUACCUUCGUUAGUUCUUGAUCAAGACGUAAAUUUCAAGGCUUGCCUUGCGAAGAAAGAUGCUGUUGUGAAUCUUGCUGGAGCUCCAAUAGCUGGAAAACGAUGGUCUGAAGCAUACAAAGAUGAGUUGAUAUCUAGUCGUGUUAGAGUUACCCAAAAAAUAGUCGAAAUGAUAAUGUCGAUGGACAAGGAAGAACGUCCAAAGGUUCUUAUAAACGCUUCUGCGGUUGGUUAUUAUGGUGUGAGCGACAGUAAAGAAUUUGAUGAGUCUUCUCCACCAGGAGAUGACUUCUUAGCUGUUCUUUGUCGAAAAUGGGAAUCUGCUGCGAGACAACUGGACCAAUCUUUUGGCACUAGAGUUGUGAUUCUUCGAUUUGGUAUAGUUGUUGGUUCUGGAGGUGGAGUCUUGGGCUCUAUGACUCCCAUAUUUCAGAUGUUUCUUGGAGGACCAGUGGGAACAGGGAGACAGUGGAUUUCUUGGAUUCAAAUUAUGGAUCUUGUGAACCUCAUUAUUCGUUCGAUAACCGAUGAGAAUAUGCUUGGUGUCUUUAAUGCAUGUUCACCAGAGCCUGUUACAAUGAAUGAUUUUUGUGAGACUCUUGGUAAUAUUAUCGGAAGGCCAAACUGGUUACCAGUUCCUACCUUUGUUAUUCGUGCCAUGCUCGGGGAAGGCUCCAUCGUAGUUCUUGAAGGCCAAAGAGUGUAUCCUUCACGUACAUUGGCUUCUGGUUUUCACUUCCAAUAUCCUAAUAUUUACAGUGCACUGGAAGCUUCUAUAAAUGUCUCUUGAGAUGUUUUUAAUAGUUAGUAAAAGUAGGGGGUUAUAUAAAUGGUUUUUUGGUAUUCCUAGUAGGGUUAUCUGUUAUGAUU